AUGGGGAAGUCAGGGGGGCGGGUCAUCAUGAAGUCAGGGGGGGCGGGUCAUGGGGAAGUCAGGGGGCGGGUCAUUGAAGUCAGGGGGCGGGUCAUGGGGAAGUCAGGGGGCGGGUCAUGGGAAGUCAGGGGGCGGGUCAUGGGGAAGUCAGGGGGCGGGUCAUGGGGAAGUCAGGGGGCGGGUCAUGGGAAGUCAGGGGGCGGGUCAUGGGGAAGUCAGGGGGCGGGUCAUGGGGAAGUCAGGGGGCGGGUCAUGGGGAAGUCAGGGGGGGUCAUGGGAAGUCAGGGGGCGGGUCAUGGGGAAGUCAGGGGGCGGGUCAUGGGGAAGUCAGGGGCGGGUCAUGGGGAAGUCAGGGGGCGGGUCAUGGGAAGUCAUGGGGGGAAGUCAGGGGGCGGGUCAUGGGGAAGUCAGGGGGCGGGUCAUGGGAAGUCAGGGGGCGGGUCAUGGGGAAGUCAGGGGGCGGGUCAUGGGGAAGUCAGGGGGCGGGUCAUGGGGAAGUCAGGUGGCGGGUCAUGGGGAAGUCAGGGGGCGGGUCAUGGGGAAGUCAGGGGGCGGGUCAUGGGGAAGUCAGGGGGCGGGUCAUGGGGAAGUCAGGGGGCGGGUCAUGGGGAAGUCAGGGGGCGGGUCAUGGGGAAGUCAGGGGGCGGGUCAUGGGGAAGUCAGGGGGCGGGUCAUGGGGCAAGUCAGGGGGCGGGUCAUGGGGAAGUCAGGGGGCGGGUCAUGGGGAAGUCAGGGGGCGGGUCAUGGGGAAGUCAGGGGGCGGGUCAUGGGGAAGUCAGGGGGCGGGUCAUGGGGAAGUCAGGGGGCGGGUCAUGGGGAAGUCAGGUGGCGGUCAUGGGUCAGGUGGGGAAGUCAGGGGGCGGGUCAUGGGGAAGUCAGGGGGCGGGUCAUGGGGAAGUCAGGGGGCGGGUCAUGGGGAAGUCAGGGGGGUGGCGGGUCAUGGGGAAGUCAGGUGGCGGGUCAUGGGGAAGUCAGGGGGCGGGUCAUGGGGAAGUCAGGGGGCGGGUCAUGGAUGGGACUGUGUGA